AUGAUUAGCAAACUCUCAACGUCUUCGUUCUACAUCCAGUUAUAUCAGAUCAUCGAGGAUCGCUCGUCGGAUCAGAUCAUCUCGUGGAGCAAAAGCAACAACAACAGUUUCGUCGUGUGGGACUUGAAAAAGCUCCGCAGCAACAUUCUUCCCAAAUCAUCCUCUGUUUUGGGCAAAAACGUGACUGAGUUUAUCGCAAAGCUUCGCUCUCAUGGCUUCACAACAGUCGGCAAGGGCCCUGGGGAGUUGGAAUUCUCACACGAUGAUUUCUCGAGAAGCCCUGUGAUGAAGAAGAUGAUGGCCAAAGCCUUGUCGGAGAGGAUUGAAAAGUUUGAUGCUCAGAUCAAGGCCAUGAAGUGUAGGCUCAAAGCUAAACGAAAGCUUCCCUCAAAGUUGAGACUCUCUUUCAAAACCUAA